AUGGAGGCCCUGCUAUUUCAUUCGAGAGCCCCCUUUCCGAUCGCGAGCGUUCUUGUUUCCCUUUUGCUGUGCAUCUUGCUUGCUACUGCAGUCAACAUCUUUUCCCAGCUAUGGAAACAACACGACACGUCGAAGCCGCCAGUGGUAUUUCAUUACUUCCCUGUCAUCGGCAGCACGAUAACGUACGGCAAAGACCCUCUGACAUUCUUUGCGGAAUGUAAAGCCAAGUACGGCGACGUCUUUACCUUUAUCCUCCUUGGUAGAUCAGUGACAGUAUACCUCGGCGCCAGUGGUAACAAUUUCGUUCUGAAUGGGAGACAAAGCGAGCUGUCCGCAGAAGAAGUCUACUCCCCGUUAACCACCCCUGUGUUCGGGACCGAUGUCAUCUUUGACUGUGACAAUGCCAAAUUCAUGCAACAAAAAAAGUUUGUCAAGUUCGGACUCAGUCAAGCGGCUCUUCAAUCGUACGUUCAACUUAUCGCGCAAGAAACAGCCUCUUUCUUCGACACCUACACGCCCCUUCAAACGGGCAAAGGGAAUAACAAUACAGGAAUCCUCGAUGUUCCUUCCGCAAUGGCCGAAUUAACAAUAUAUACCGCCUCCUCUUCCCUACAGGGUGCCGAGGUGCGCCGUCAGUUCUCAUCGGCCGGCUCGCGGAUCGCGGACCUGUAUCACGAUCUUGACAUGGGUUUCUCCCCUAUCAAUUUCUUCCUCCCAUCCUGGGUGCCAUUACCGCGGAACCGGAAGCGUGAUGCAGCCCAGCGAGAAAUGACAAGAAUAUACACCGAUAUCAUCGCCCAACGACGGCUCGAAUCAAAUGCUGCGAAUACAGCAAAAGAUACGGACGCUCAGGAUAUGAUAUGGAACCUGACGAAUAACUGCACAUACAAAGACGGUAGCAAGCUUCCCGACAAGGAAAUUGCACACAUGAUGAUUGCUCUAUUGCUAGGUGGCCACCAUUCUAGUUCUGCAGUAAUCGCGUUUGCCCUUUUGAGUCUAGCAUCUCGACCGGACAUCCAGCAAGAACUGUAUGACGAGCAGGUCCGCGAGCUUGGUCCGGGAGACCUAUCGUAUGAUGGGCUGCAGAGACUGAAGCUCCAUGCACACGUCAUUAAAGAGACACUUCGCCUAUACAAUCCCAUCCAUUCAAUCAUGCGACUUGCAAAGAAGCCUCUCGUGGUCACCGGCAACUCCGGCGUCGUUAUUCCGUCCGGACACACCCUCCUCGCCAGCCCAGCAUUCUCUGCUCGAGAUGAGUCCUACUUUGCAGACCCAUUGAAGUGGGAUCCGCAUCGGUGGGAGAAAUCUUCUGCCCACGAUACUACUGAUGACGAUGACGACGAGUCGUCGGGGAAAGGGUCGAAUAAUCCGUACCUACCGUUUGGCGGUGGUCGCCACCGGUGCAUUGGCGAACGGUUUGCGUACAUACAGUUGGGUGUUAUCCUAGCCUUAUUUGUGCGAACAUUUCACAUCAAGAGUGUACGGGGGAAAGCGGGAGAAUUAUUGACGACGGACUACACGUCAUUGUUUUCGAGGCCACUUACACCCGCCACUGUUGCAUGGGAGCGAAGAGGCAGGCCUAUAGACCCUAUGCCAUGGAUUCGCGGCUAUUUGCGCCGCUAUGCGUUCUUCCACACGCUACUCAUCGCAGCCUGUAUUUUUCUUCCAUGGUGGAUACGCCGACCGGACGAGGGUGUGCAAUUUGCUGCCUUGAGAAGGAUUGAAUGUACUUCACUCCCCCAGUCGGAAGAUGUCUUUGUGGUCAUGAAAACAGGCUCCACGGUUCUCCGGGACAGACUGCCCAUUCACUUUGAGACAACGUUUAAGUGUAUUCCGGAUUAUAUUAUCUUUUCAGAUGCUGCCGAGUCUUUUCGGGGCCAUAUUGUUAACGAUGCCCUGUCAUAUAUCGAUGAAAGUAUCAAGAGCAAAUUUCCAUCAGACUUUCAGCUUCAUGACCACAUCCGAGACAAAGGCGGCUCAGCUCUGUCGACGAAUCAGGGCUGGAGAUUGGACAAGUACAAAUUCUUGCCGAUGAUAAAAGGUGCACUGGAUGCCAGACCAAAUGCGAGGUGGUUUGUCUUCAUUGAAGAUGACACGGCGAUAGUCUGGUCUAAUCUCCUCCGAUGGCUUGCAUCUCAUGAUUAUCGCCAACCCUAUUUCUUUGGGAGAGAGGAAAAAGUCGCAGAUCGGCCCUUUGCCCAUGGCGGCUCUGGCUAUGUGCUUUCCAACGCCGCGCUGCGACAUGCAGUCAAUUAUAUGGAACCAAGGAUGCAGGAGUACUUCAAUUUAACUAACGAGAUCAUAUAUGGCGAUAUUUCGCUAGGUUGGAUGCUCUCAGAUUCCGGAAUUCCGUUGACCAAUGUAUGGCCGUUAUUUCAAGGCGAACCUCCUGACCGGAUCCAAUAUGCAGAAGAUAUCUGGUGCCAGCCUGUCCUUACACAGCAUCACAUGUCAUCCCAAGCAAUUGCCUCGCUGUGGAUGCUAGAGCAAGCCAACUUACUUCACGCACAAAGUGCGGACCUAUUGCACCGAGACGUCUUCAACGCACUCAUUCGGCCCACACUCAGUCACCGACUUGAGAACUGGGACAACGGACGUGGCUACGAGCAGGCCUGCGGCACGGUGUCUGAAUGCGAAACUCUUUGUAUGGCUGAUGAAACCUGCGUUCAGUUCCGAUACGCAUCUGGUCAAUGUCGACUCUCAAGCCGCGUCAGACUCGGUGUCCCAACAGCAUCAAAAUUUGGAAUUACAUCGGGUUGGCUAGUGCAGAGGAUUGAUCGAGUGUAUGGCGGUCUACAGUGCCAUUGA